AGAGAGAGAGAGAGAGAGAGAGAGGUCAGUGAGAGAGAUGGGUCUCCUCUCGUGCAGAGUGGAGAGAUCGGAGAUAAAGGCAGGAGAUCACAUCUACAGUUGGAGAGCUCUGUACACUUACUCCCAUCACGGUAUUUAUGUGGGGGGUCAGAAGGUGGUUCACUUCACCAGGAAGAAAGAAACAUCACCAUCAACCUUUGAUUCCUCAUCCAUCUCUUCUAGUUCUAAACUACAGCCCCCUUUAGCCUGCCCCACCUUCCCUGAUUGUGGAUUCCAACAGCCCAACAGCGGAGUCAUCCUUUCUUGCAUUGACUGUUUUCUUGACAAAGGAUCUCUCUAUUGUUUUGAGUAUGGAGUGGCGCCACCGGUGUUCCUUGCUAAAGUUCGCGGCGGCACUUGCACAACUGCGCACUCUGAUCCUCCGGCGACUGUGAUCAAUCGAGCAAUGUACCUCCUGCAAAAUGGUUUUGGAAAUUAUGACUUGUUUGAGAAUAAUUGUGAGGAUUUUGCGCUCUAUUGCAAGACUGGGCUUCUGCCAAUUGAUGAUCAGGGAAUAGGAAGGAGUGGGCAGGCAUCUUCGGUCAUUGGCAUUCCAUUAGCUGCUAUUUUUUCUAGCCCUUUCAAAUUAUUAAUGGCGGGGCCUGUGGGGAUGGCAACUGUGACUGCUGGGAUGUACUGUGCUGGGAGGUACAUCACUGAUAUAGGAGUUAGAAAAGAUGUGGUCAAGGUUGCAGUUGAGGACUUGGCUGUGAAUUUAGGUUGGAAGCAUUCCUCUGAGGGAAUAUGUGAUGAUAACUCUAAUGCUGAUGACACUUCAAAUGCUGCUCAUUUUUCCAACAAAUCUAAAGAGGAACAUGCUAACAUUCAGCAAGUUUAGUUGUUGUGGAAGAUUUAUUUGGAGUUAAUAAUGUGAUUUUUUUUUUAUGUCAUUGGAGGGUUCUGCUUGUUAAGUAAAAGCUGUACCUAGUUAUUCUUAGUUCAUGUGUUCCUGAGUCUGUAUGAAUUGUUGGAAUUGUAAUUAGAUAAGGCAGGUGAUUUUAAUAAAGUUGGGUCACUUGUGAUCAUUGUAGUUCUUCUAUCUUGCUUUCCCUAGAGCUUGUCACCUGAUAUCCUUUCAUUGA